AUGGCGAGCGCGCGGCCGUCGCAGGCGCAGCGCACGACGUGGUGCGCCGGCUGCGGCGCGUACCUGUCCGUGGCCCCCGGGGCGCGCUCCGUGCGGUGCGGGCUCUGCCACGCCGUCACGCGCGUGGAGCGCCGCCCGCACGCCGCCGUGGGCUUCAUCAAGGGCCUCAUCAACGCCUUCACGUCGCCGCAGCAGGCUCCGUCGGGGCCCGGGGCGGCGCUCCAGGGGCCGCCGGCGAGCUGGGGCUUCCCGCGCGUCCGCGGCUGCAAGAAGCGCGCGCUGCUGGUGGGGAUCAGCUACGCCGCCACCAAGUACGAGCUCAGGGGCGCCGUCAACGACGUCAACUGCAUGAGCUACCUGCUCCGCGAGCGCUUCGGCUUCCCCGCGGACUGCAUCCUCGUGCUCACGCAGGAGGACAAGGACCCUGGUCGGGUGCCGACGCGGGCGAACCUGAUGCGCGCGCUGCGGUGGCUGGUGGACGGCACCAGCGCCGGGGACUCGCUGGUGUUCCACUUCUCCGGCCACGGCGUGCAGAAGCUGGACAGGGACGGCGACGAGGCGGACGGGUACGACGAGGCGCUGUGCCCCGUGGACUUCGAGGACACGCGCGGCGGCGGCGUCAUCCUGGACGACGAGAUCAACGCCGCCAUCGUGCGGCCGCUGGGCAAGGGCGUGAAGCUGCACGCCAUCGUGGACACCUGCCACAGCGGCACCAUCCUCGACCUCCCCUACCUCUGCCGCCUGUCCAGGACCGGGUACUGGCAGUGGGAGAACCAGCAGACCCGCCUCUCCUCCGGCGAGACCAAGUGCACCAGCGGCGGCCUCGCCAUCUCCAUCAGCGGCUGCGGCGACAGCCAAACGUCGCAGGACACCACGGCGUUCUCGGGGUCUGCCUCCACCGGCGCCAUGACGUACAGCUUCAUCAAGGCGGUGGAGUCGGAGCCGGGCACCACCUACGGCCGCCUGCUGACGGCGAUGAGGGCCACCAUCCGCGACAACGGCGGGGAGUUCGGCAUACCGGGGCCCAUCGGCACCUUCUUCCGCCGGGUCAUCACAUUCAGCUGCGCGCAGGAGCCCCAGCUGUGCGCUUCAGAAACAUUCGACAUCUACAGGAAACCCUUUCUCUUGUGA